AUGCUGCUCUUCGUCGCCCGCGUACUAGUGCUACAGCAGGUGCUGCUGGUCGCCGCCGCCGCACGUAGUGCUGUACUGCUGUUGGUACUGCUCAAGUCUCGUGCCUCGGCGCUGGCCAGCUGCGUAGACUCUUGUGCUCUGAACGAAUGGCAGCUGAUGCGAUGCAUAAUCCUGGCUCUUGGAGCGGGAGCAAUCACUGAUGCGUAUUAG